UUGACGGUAUAUAGUUAUAGACGGUAUAGAGGUUGUCCUAAACUUAACAAGUACCGAAUUCCUUUCAAAAGUAUUAAACACGCUUAAUUUGAAUGGGGUAAAUGUUAAUUAAAUAACAUAAAUUAUUCUCUAUAAUUAAUAAAUUAGUCAUGUAAAGAUUAAACUAAAUUUAUCAUAGAUAGUUUUAAAAAGAUUAUGAACUCAGAAGGUAUUCACUUGCAUUGUUUGACAUGCUACAUCAAGUACUGUUCAAAGUUCUCCAACUGCCCAAUUAUACAGUGCAAAUCUGAGUGUGGUCUUCAUUAUCAUAGUUGUAAACAAAAGGAACAUGAAUUUGUUUGUACAAAGCAACUUCGCCCAUGCAUUAAUUUUGUUAAUGGUUGUCCAUUUAAACUAAAUAGCAUUAGUCUUAUGCGUCAUUUGGAAGUAUGUCCUGCAAGUGUGUUAUAUUGUGGGUUUAGUUGGAACAGACAUCCUUUGUUUUCUAAGGUACGUGAAAAAUGGCUACCUUUUAAAUCAUUAAAAACAAACCCUGUUCCAAUGGAAGGAGAUCUAGAUAUUGAUCUAUUAAUUCUUGACCAAAAGCAAUUGAAUUUUGAGUUUAAACAACGAAUGAGAAAUGGUAAAAAGAAGAUUAAAGAAAAAUUUGUGCAGCCUUCUACUCUAGAAGUAAACACAUUCUCGUCAAAUUUUAAGGAGAUCCUUUCUCUUUAUGACAAUAGCUUUUUAACAUAUGACGAUUUAGUUUUAACGCAUUUACCUAACUUUACUGCAAAUGUUUUAAAUACUAAUAUAUCUGAUGGGUACUAUGACACACCAACUACAGGUUACAGGUUCUCAAAAAAAGAAUACAGUGCUAGCUCAAGUAAUUUAUUUGUUAAUGUUGAUUACUCAUUAAACCCAGAUGAAAUACAUUCUCGUUUGCUGGUUCAUAAUGACUUAAGAGUUCAAAAACAAACCCUCAGUUUAAAUGUUGUUGUGGAAACAUUACCACGUUUUCAAAUCCAAUAUCCAAUGUACAGUUUUACUUGCUCAAAGUUGUUUCGUCGGGAUCAAUAUUCUUCUCACUGUUUAAACAUACAUACAGACAUCUAUCCUCAUUUGAACGAUUGGAUGGUUCAGAGAUGUCCUCUUGCUGCAUACGGUUGUCCUUACUCACAAAUUAGAUUGAAACCAAAAGGGAGAAAAGUUUGUGUCUCUAAAGUGUUUGGUUGCUUUACAUCAGUUGAAGAAAACCUAAGUAUAAAAAGUACUUCAGAUAAAAAAAAAGAACAAAUAGUUUUUUCAAUAUUGGACUUACCUGAAGAAGUAAUUGAAUACUUGUUUACUUUUCUUGACAGCCUCAGUUUAAAUACUAUUGCAAAAACAUGCAGUUCAUUUAGAAGUGUUUGCUACAAUAUGUUGGAUACCAGAGGGAUUGUUGUAUCUUGUUGGAAAAAACGUUCACUCUCCUUAAUAAAAAGCUCCUCCUGGGUGGAAGAUUUAAAUAUUCGUUUUUUUUCCACGUCUUGUUCUGAGAUGAGAAACUGGUACUUUACAGAUUGUUCUGCUAUUGGAAACCAUAUGCGGGAGUGUGCGUUUUUUAAUCGUCCAAAAUAUUCUAAUGAAAGAAUUCAUUUAACGCCUCCGAGUUAAAAAAUAAAAUAAACUUUUAUAAUAUAUUUUUUUAUAUAUAACUUUUUUAUAUACAUUGAAUUUGUUAUAUAUAUUUAUAUAUUUAUAUAUUGUUGUA